UCAUCACAACCAACAGAUCCACAGAAAGUCAGUUACUAUUCGGACGAAAACGAGUCCCGAUUAGCGCGAAAGACUAAAGACAACCCAUUCUUCCCAAUCGAUGACGGGUUUCACGGCAGCCGUACUGUACGGCGCGUAUCGAUUCAAGUAUCGGCCGCACGAUAUGCCGAUUUCACUCUAUCUCAUCCAACUUCGUGUGGCCGCACAGGGAGUGGCCGUCGGUUCCCUCACCAUCGGAAUGAUCUACAUGUUAGGCAAACGAGCGUAUAAUCACUUUUACAACGUGCCGAGUGACCCUGGGCAUUAAUGUACACCUAGUUCUAGUUCUUAGUGUUAGCUUUAAUUAUUAAAUGUUAUUUGUUUUAAAAUAACGAUAGAAUUAUAUUAAUAAAAGUAAUUCAAUUGUUAA